CAGACGCCAACGUCUCCGUCGAUUACGGAUAGCAAGCAUCUGUGAGGUCUAUGUAAGCUCAAUAGAUGAGUUUCUUCAAAGUGGAAAAAGCUGUUUUUAUGAACGCUUCAUGUUUCACACGAAACGUUAACGGAUUCUGAACUUACUGUUAUAAUGCGCAUGCGCCCGGUGCACGUGUUGAAAUCACUUAUAAUCAGGUAAUUGCUGCUGAAAAUGUGGUCGUCCAGCAGCAGAGGAGCAGUCAUGAAUCCUCCAUCCAGCAGAGAGGAAGCAAACCCGCCAGGGCACUACAUGCCGCAUUCUUCAUCAUCAUCAGGAGGAGGAGGGUUGUAUCUGGAUGCCUAUGAGGUCUCUUUCCCUCUGGAAGAGAGUUUGGAGAGACCACCUUCAUAUCACCUGAACCAGGGCCAGCAGAUGAUGGAGGAGCCUGUGGUGCAGGAGCCUCCUCCCUCUCAGUACAGCCCUUUCAUCCUGGUCUCUAACCUGCGAGCUCACCUGUAUGUCGCUCUGGAGAAAAAUGCCUGGCUGCAGAGGCGAAUCGAGGAGCUGGAGGAGGAGCGUAACUUUCUGCGGUGUCAGCUCGACCGCUUCAUCAUCAGCAUGAGGAGCCCCGAGGUGUCAGAGUGGUGUGGAGACACCCAGAGAGCUGUGAAGGUCCAACCCUCCUGCUCUCCCUCGCCUCCCUCCCCCAUGACCACCCGCUCUGGAAUGACUCUCAAACGCCUGCAGGCCCCAGGACCACGGCCCCGCCGCACCACAGCCAUCCCAGUCAAACAGGAGUUUCAUCUGGAGGAGGAUAAAUACUACACCGAGGACGAGUACGUGGAGGAAGAGGAGGAGGAAGAGGAAUAUGAAGACUCAUCCUUAGAAAAGGGGUCAAAGAAGAAGGGCAGAGUGCGAGCCAAUGGAGAGCCCAGGAUGAAGAUGAGGAGGAUCUUCAGGAUCACUCAUGGGAGAGAGAGACAGAGAGUUAAAGACCCAGAUGGGGUGUUGAUUCGUUACAAGAAGAUCCUGUCCACCUACCAGCGUGUGAGGAGCAUGUCCAGAGCCUUUCAGAUCCACGGCGUUGAUCGAAACACGAUGGCCUCCACCUCCCCCAUCGCAGAGCUACUGCUGGUGGCUCCAGAGAAGGUAGCAGAGGUCGGGGAGUUCGAGGCGUCGAAGGAGAAGCUUCUGGACUACGCUCGGCGGUGCUACAAGACAAUGGAUGAGCCGACGCACGCCAAAGUCCAGACCAUGAAGAAGACUCACAAACUGCUGCCGAUCUCUUACAGGUUCAGGAACUGAGUGAGGAGUAAAGGAUGGAUUUAAUCACACAGUUCUGCUAUGAAAACAUGAUUGCACUUUAUCUAUUUUUGUUAUUCAUUGUCCUUAAGUAAAAAGAUAAGAAAACUUAAAACAUUUAAUUAGGACUAAAUUUAAGAAAAUUAAGAGUUCUGGCAACAUGCUGCUUGAUUUUGUUCAUAUUUAUUUUUUAGUUUCCUAUUCUUCUUUAUGUGCAGCUGUAUUGUUGGCUGUUUUGUGUAAGAUUUUGAUUUUCAAGUGGUAAAAGUGUCUUUUGUCUUUCCUAAGGACUUAAAUGUUAUAAAUGAGCUAAAAGAUGCCUUAUAAUUUCAAAGGGUAGCGACUGGUCUUUCAGUGCCUGCAAACAUUUUUUAGAAACAAUUGUUUAUAUUAUAAACUGUUACAUUUUUUAUUUUCUGUUGUAUCAAAGGAAAGACAAAUAUUUAUUAUUUCAGAUAUUUUUAUUUGUUAAAUACAAACAGCUUGAGUUACAAAAAAAAGUGUCUUUGUUCUAAAAUCUCUGGGUUGUGCAGUACAAUGAAGUUAUCGAGAUUAUUGUUUGUGUUGAUGUUGAAGACUUCUGAUUUGUUAAAAAAAAAAAAAGUUGGACAUUUCACUUCAAACUGGAAAUUAAAUUAGUUUGAAUCUCUAAA